AUGGAUCAUACGAACAAUAAGAUAACUGCUACUGUUUCAUGGGUGUCGGUACUCCCAAAGCCGGCGGCUGAGAGACGGAGUGCGCCUCAUGUGUCGUUAUCAACGACUUACUCCGAAGGUGCUGGAGUGCUUAGGCAGGCUUCUGCCACCAUCAUCGAUGCCGGUAACGUACUUGCCGGAGGGAGUACGAAACAAGCUCUCUCCAGUGACCGGAAAGCCACUGAAAUUACUGCAAAUAGCACGCCCGGAUAUAAGACACCACGGAAUCCUGCACCAGAUGGAACAAAGGACAAGAAAGAACGAACAAAUGAAAGUAACCACAGCAUUUGA